AUGUCUAAAGAUAUUCUUGACCCCGCUGCUCUAUUGUCUCUCUUUCCUACCUUACUUCCUCCCUCGGCGAAAGUCCUUGCGUCACCUCAGGAUGGCAUUGCUGCGUUGUUGCAUACAGUCCUGUCUGCCUUAUCCUUUCGCCUCGUUGGCGUAGAUGAAUCCACGUCAUCAUUUUCUGAUACAAACAACGUUCUCCCCGUUGAAUGGAAUAAACACAGUCCCGGAAACUUCACGUUUCGCUACAAACAUGAUCAAAGCAGCCUUGAGUUUCUCAUAAAAGUAUCCAAGCUCGGAGCACGUACGGUUAUUAAUGCUAUCGCACUCGAGAGUGAUAAAGCUGCUUCGCUUGAUAUCGCUACCGAUGACUUUGUGUCUUCUUCUUUCUUUCCGUAUGAUAUCAAUGCAUCCGACGCACCGCCUCUUGUACACGGUUUCAUAUCUUCCAAUCGCGUUGCCGAUUUUGUUACUCAGCUAAAGCUCAAAAUUAUCCAAGCACUUGUUCCGGGGCUGAGAAAGGAAGGCUAUACCGAAGUAACCGCAAGCGAGACGGCGUCUUCUGCUCGGACCGAAGUUCCGCGAGCUGCACAACCCCCGCAGAUUCCUCGAUAUAAUCCCGACGAAGAGUCUCCUCACCGCUUUCCUUCGACCCAGCUACCGCCGCGAAACCCCCUUGAAAUUGGCAGGAGGGACUUGGAUCCAUUCCCAGUGAACCCUUUUAAUCCACCUUCCUUAUUUCCAGGCGGAGACGAUGACGGGAUGUUCGUUGGCCCAAACCACCCUAUUCUAGGUGUUGGAGGGCGAAGGGAAUGGGAGCAGCGCGGGCCGUGGGGAGGAGACGGCUUCCUGCCGCCUAUGGGUGCUCCGCCUGGUGCUCGGUUUGACCCUGUGGGCCCCGGCGUAGCCAUCCCAGGCAGAGGUAGGGGUCUUCCCGGUCGCGGCAAUAUCUGGGGCCCAGACAAUGAUGAAUUCCCGCCUCCUGGCCCGGUACGUUAUGAUACUUUUUGA